CGCACGCGACCACAGCAGAGCCGCGUGUUUGUUUUUCUGUUGCUCUGAUUCUUUUUGUUUGCUUUUUCGGAUCACGCGCGUGAGGAGGAUCUUCGCUGUUUGGGGUGAUCUCCACGGCUCCUGCUGUCAUUUUACCCCCCCCGGGGUGGGGGUGGGGGGUCUCCAUGAUGGGUGGGUCAGGAUGCUUCAAGCUUAAAUUCGGGGAAACACCCGAAAACACGUUUAAAGGGUGUCACGUGAGAAGAUUAGGAUUUUGUGUCAUAAACCGAUUACACGUCAACAAGGCGCGGUGACAACGAAAACAAAAGCAGCAGAAAACGUUCAACAUCUCUCUAAUAUCCGCUAAAUUGCUCCGGAUUCUACCGAAUCACGAUAUUCAGAGGGCUUGACAUCCCGGAUGCUGGGGGCGGGACUUAGCCAAACGCGAGGCAGCAAUUCGCUGCUAGCUUGAUUGACUGUUCCUGUCGUCCAAUCACAGCUGUCCUCGCGGCGUCGGCUCUCCUGCUGCUCCGUGGCAUCAGGGUUACGGGGAAUAUGUCGGCCUCCGGGAGCCUCUUCGAAAGCGCCCUGACAGAGAGAAGCGCGUGAGCAUUUGGGGCUAUUUUUCAUCACUUUUCCCGCCUUCGGCUCGCGCUUCUUUGGAUCAGCGGCCUCGCGGGUCUAAAAGCAGGAGCCUCCGCGGGCUGCUGGGAAAGCUAGCUUCGCCUGUCAGCAGCUACAACGUCCGCUUUCUGGAACCGGGCUGAGGGGCGGACGGCCGCGGCGUGUGUCUGUUCGGUAUAACCCUCACAAAGCCCGGGACCCGGUGGGAGCCCCCAGCUGCGCCUGGAGGAGCAGCGGGACCUCCUCUCAGGUGAGAUGGAGCAGAAGUUUGAUCGGCCGUCGGACUGGAUCAUGCCGCUAGGACGGCCCCCUCCCCAUCACACACCUGGGAAACGGCGGCUGCUGUGAGGCCGUCAUCCUGGGGUUCCUGUUGGAUGAGGGGUUCUCCAAGGACAUCUUCAGCUUCUGUCUGAGCGUCAGCUCCACCCACUGACGGAGGUCGUCGUCCAACCAUCAUCCAGGCACCGUUUCUGUGUUCAGGGGAAGGCAGUGGAGGGGAAAUCUGGGGAAGGUUGGAGGUUACACACCUGUCCAGCAGAAAGGAGGCGGAGCCUCUGCAGGUGUUACUGCUGCAGGUCGGCUGUUCUCCGUUUUCCUUUCUGUGUUUACGGACGCACACGCCGAUGGAUCACCAGCUCACGUCAGAGUUUUGGACCCAACGAUCAGCUCGCUCCCCACUCCCCCCCCCCUCUGUCACACCUGAGGCGCCCCUGGCAGGGGAGGUGGUUUGAAUCCACCGCCGAUGGGGUUUGGGGAUGUCCCGACACAGGAAGACCAGUCUCCUGUGUUGGUCCGUGGUCAGACUGCUGUUGCUAGACCGAGUCCUGACCUGAAGGCCGUUCUUCCCUUUGAAGUGGAGCGUCCUCUCAGGAUGUGAGGAGCUGCCGGUUCUCCGGGUCUGCUGUGAGAACCAGAUUCUGCCAGAGCUGAGAGAGAAGAAAAGCACAGAGAGGACAGCAGCGUCGGGGCAGAUUAUCCUCCGGCCUUUUCACGUUCUGCCCCCCCUCGCUGUUGUUUGGCCCCCCCUCAUUCUGUCCAUGUUUCUGUGUGGAACUACCUCUGCCCCCGUCUGAGGACCCGUCAGCCUGGAUCCCUCAGGGACGAUCCGCUUCAGUUGCUCUGAACCCUGAGGACUUUUGGAGGUUUCGGCUCAGGAUCUGCCUCUUGGGUUUUCAGAACUUCACCGUCUCAGAAACGGUUUGUUUUCCUCGGCUGUGGAACCAGAACCAGAACCGUCACAUGGUUCUUUGUGUUUUUUUUCUUACAAUUGAUGGAGAGCACACGAUCUGAAUGAUUGGUUCUAACAGGGUUUUGUUCUAACACCUUCAUCUGGAUCAUCUCUGGUUUAAGCCCCCCCCCCCUGUUAUUCUGUGUCUAAUCAGAACACCCAGCUUUUCCGGCACAGAGACCCAUAAACUGCUUCUAAUCUGCCCCAUCAGGAUUGGGAUUUACACAAACAUCCAUGCUCUUGAAUGGGGUGAAGCUCAGGCCCCCCAUGUCCUGACAGAGGAAGCCUUCAUCCUCAGUUGACCCCCCUCUCGGCCUGGUUAUUGCCCCCACCAGUCACAGUCACAGCCUCUUCAUCCCAGCUGUUAGUCAGCAAACACACCGCCAGGAAACAGGAAGUGAUGCCAGGUAGCAGCAGUAAAAGCGGAGGGAGGGGUCCGUCCUCCUCACCGCUCCCCCACGCCGUGGCCCCCCCCAGCAGACCGCUGCGGCCCUCCCGCUACGUCCCGGUGUCGGCAGCGACCUUCUUCCUGGUGGGCUCCACCACGCUCUUCUUCUGCUUCACGUGUCCCUGGCUUACCGAGCGUUUCUCCGUCGCCGUGCCCGUCUACAAUGGAGUCAUCUUCCUGUUCGUGCUGGCUAACUUCUGCAUGGCCACAUUCAUGGACCCUGGGAUCUUCCCAAGAGCUGAGGAGGACGAAGACAAGGAGGACGACUUCCGCGCGCCGCUGUACAAAACCGUGGAGAUCCGGGGGAUUCAGGUCCGGAUGAAGUGGUGCUCCACCUGCCGCUUCUACCGCCCGCCGCGCUGCUCCCACUGCUCCGUGUGCGACAACUGCGUGGAGGAGUUCGACCACCACUGUCCGUGGGUGAACAACUGCAUCGGCAGGAGGAACUACCGCUACUUCUUCCUCUUCCUCCUGUCUCUGACGGCUCACAUCAUGGCCGUGUUCGGCUUCGGCCUGCUCUUCAUCCUCUACCAUCGGCAGAGCGUGGACCGCCUGCACGCCAUCGUCACGCUGGCUGUGAUGUGCGUUGCAGGUCUGUUCUUCAUCCCGGUGGCCGGCCUCACCGGCUUCCACGUGGUUCUGGUGGCCCGGGGCAGGACGACCAACGAGCAGGUGACGGGGAAGUUCAGGGGCGGAGUCAACCCUUUCACCAACGGCUGCUGGAAGAACGUGUCUCAUGUGCUCUGCAGCUCACUGGCGCCCAGGUAUCUGGGCAGGAAGCGAUGCACGCAGAACGUCAGCGUGCAGCCGCCGUUUUUGCGGCCGCAGCUGACAGAGGCCCAGCUGGCGGCGAAGAUCCUGGACAACGGCAUCCAGGGAGACCUCCACAGGUCCAAGUCCAGUCUGGAGAUGAUGGAGAGCCAAUCGUGUGACGCUGAGCCUCCUCCUCCUCCCAAACCGGAGCUGCGCUACCCCGGAAUCACCAGGGAGAACACAGAAGAGUGCAGCCUGCUGAACAAAGCCCCGCCCACCCCGACCAUGUACAAGUACAGGCCCAGCUACAGCCCGGGGAAGAACCACACCGCGCUCACGCACGCGUACGCCAACCAGCUGAGUCGGGGGGAGAGCACCGGCAGUGCCAGGGACUCCUCCUCCUCCACCUCCUCCCUUCUCCAGGCCAGCCAGCAGCCCGGUUUCCGCUCGCAGCCCAGCCUGGACCGGAGGGAGGCCCCCACCGACAGAGUGGGAGGGGGGGCCGGCGCCGACAGGAGAGAGGGGGGGCGGGAAUCGGGAGGCGGGGGCAUACCUGGCUACUCCCUGGGCGGGCGCUCGUACCCGUCCUUCUCUGACGCCAGCGUGCUCUCUGGACGGUCCUCCAGCUCCGCCCACACUUCAACAGGCACCGCCCACAUCUCCGAGGCAACCACAGCCAGCUUCAAAAGUCUAGCCAAUCAGACGCCGUCGCCCCACCGCAACGGGAGUCUGUCCUACGACAACUUACUGGUGGGGGGCGAGGAUCUCAACAAAGUGGGGGUCACCGCUGCCCCUGAGCUCUCCUCUGGGAAACCCUGUACAGCAGUGGGAGGCGGCUUCAACCCCCCCCUCCUGUUGCAGCAGAGGGAGGCGGACCUGCAGGCCUCCCAGUCUCCCCAUCACCACCACCACCGCUCCUCACACCACCACCACCCCUUCCUCCACCGCUCCUCCUCCUCCACGUCCUCCUCCCCCCCUCCCCCACCAGAGAGGGAGCGGCUGCUGGCUGACCUCCCACCUGGCCUUCAGAGCUCCGCCCCACUAUCUCAGCCUGGCCCCCACCAUCACCACCACCAUCAUCACCACCACCACCACCACUCCCACCACCACCACUCCACCUCCCGCCCCCCACGCUUCGCCGCUCCUCAUGCCCCGCCCCACCACCACUACCCGUACCGCACCCGCUCCACAGACACCCCGCUGGGGUCCACCAACACAAUCCAGUCCUUGCACACCCCACACCCCCCGCCCCUCGGCAAGUCGCUGUCUUACUCGAGCGCCGCCGCCGCCGAAAUGCAGUACCGGCUGGUUCGCAAGGCGUCGGCGUCGGCGGGGGCCAACGCAGCGGGGGCAGGAGGAGGAGGAGGGAUGGGAGGAGGAGCGGUCCAAGCGCCAAAGGAUGAGCUGAAACGGACCAAUGGGGGCCAGCCCUUCUCCUGCUCCACCCCCUCCUCCCCUUCUCAUCCAAGCCCCGCCCACAAACCUCAAGGGGGCAGUGUGAAGAAAGUGACGGGCGUUGGGGGAACUACCUACGAGAUUUCUGUAUGACAGGUAAAAGAGCGCUGAGGCUCCGCCUCCUCCCAUCCCAGAUCUCUGCGGAGAGGAACAGACUUCCUGUACAGCUGGGACGUCCUGGGCUUUCGGACGUCCUGGGCUUUCAGACUUCCUGGACUUUCGGACUCCCGCAUGGAGCAGCAGCCCCCUCCUGCCGGGGCCGGAGCAGCUCCGCCACAGAAAACAGGAUUUCUUUUCAAAGCUCUCACCUUCUUGUCCAGAUCCUCCACCUUGAGUCCACGGCUGCAGCUGCCGGUUCCCGGCAUCGGGUCACGGGGGCGCUUCCCCCCUGACAGCAGCCUGACUCCUCCCCUGAUGGGGGACCCGGACCCCUGGAACCUCCCUCCUUGUUCCUGGGCCUCCGUGACUCCGUGUUUGUACAGGACGACGGCGGGAUUUCUAAAUGUUUGUUUUUUAAGUGAUGUUCUCACAGAGCAUGCCCAGAUCCACAUCCCCCGUCACCAUGGAAACCAUCCAAUGCCAGACUUUUCUACCAAACUGGGUCCUGGAUAAGUGGAAGUCUGUUUUUUUUUUAACUUCUGGGAUUGAAUCUUGCUUUUUAAAGAUUUUUCAAUCCAAACAUUCAAAACGGAGAUAAUUUUCGCCUGUUCAGGUUUUCCUCCGGUGAAUGAAAAUCCACUUCCUGACCAGCUGCUGGAGAGGAAGGAGGCUUUGCAGGUUUGUCUCCUUGAAAUGUUUCUGAUGUCAGACCCGGGUCGGGUUUGAUUGAAGGAACCGCGUUUGGAACUUCAGAACCAAGUUUCACCACAGAGUUUUAGAAGAACCGAUCAGCUGACAGACACCUGGCUCCUCAAACACGGUGGUGGUAGUGUGGUGGUCGGUGUCUGUUUAGCUGCUGUAGGAGCUGGAAGACUUGCUUCAGCCAAAACCUCCUGAAGAAGGAAGUCUGUUCCAGAGCUGCUGGUUCUGAUCCAAACGGAGGAACCAGAUGAAGACACUCAGAAACAUUUGAACGGGACAAACCCUUCCUCCUGCGUUCCUCUCAUGUUUACAACUUUUUGAACUUGAUUCUAAAAUCAGACACGUGGUUUGACUGCAAACCCCUGCUUUUAUUAUGAAAAUCUGUGUUUUAUUGUGAAAGUGAGACGGUUUCCGUUUGUGCUCAUAAAACUGUUUUGAACAUUUCUCCCUCCAUCGCUGACCCCUCCCCUUCUAUCGCGUUGCCGUAGCAACUCUAAUCCGUCUCAGUGCGGGCGUCCGAUUAGAAAGAUUGUUGCUCGUCUCCUGAGACUCCGCCUCUAAGCGUCCGAGGGUAGCAGUGCAGCUCCAAAAUGUGAACUACUUGUAGCCCCCCCCCCCCCCCCAAGCACGGAAACGCCCCCCCAAAUGAAUACUUUCAAAAUAACAGCACAGCAUCAGAUGUUUGAUAAAAAUGUGAAUAGAAUUAGUCAAAUCAAAGCGUGGCGAGGACGAUGAGGCAUUCAAGAACAGCAGACAAGAGGAAAAAACGACGCCUUCAUGUCUUAAGAACCAGAACCACAGAAGUUCCUCCAUUGUUGUUGGCCGUUGAUGAUUGGGGGGGGGGUGCUUGCCUCUUUGUUGGGCCUGAAAUGAGCUGGGUUUGUAUUUCUAUUCCUGAACAAUCAGAACUCCAGCAGAACCAACUGACGUGUGGGUUUUCCAGAACCAAUCGGGCCUCCAGGGCGUUUUCAUGCAAACCGUGGCGUUGGUUUCUGUGGGCGCCGCGUGGACGGCUGAUGUUUGCUGUACAGAUCCAUGUGAGUCCCUCUGUGCUGCAAGCUGCUCAAUAAACUCCUCCUGUGGAACAUC